ACAAGUAAUUUUAGCAAGACCCUGAAACCGGGAAUUCCCAGAAUUUGCAGAAGGUGGAAGAGAAAGGAGAAGUGAAGUAAAAACACAGAAAAUGUCAGAAGAGAACAUAGGAGGUGCCACAAGUGCCUCUGACCAAACAGAAGCUGAAGAUUUACCUGGGCAUACCACUGACAUUAGCAUCAGUGCCCAGCUGAAAGAAAUAAAGAAAAACAAAAAAUUGAAUGAAGAGAAAGGGAAAAGGCAAAGAGUUGCAAACGUUCCACCUGGCUGGCAAGAUGAUGACUGUUAUCCAAUCACAGACUCUGUUGGAAAAGCUAUAAUUUUCUAUAACAAAAAAUUUGAUUCCAGUACUUCCAAGAAAACCAGGAUGGGAAAAAAUGGAGAUACAGAAAAUGAUGCAAACCAGCUCAAGUCGGUUUUAGAAAAGCUUGGUUUUACAGUGAAAUUAAAGAAAGAUUAUACUGUGGACAGAAUGUUAGGACAUCUUCAAAAUAAGGUGGCUGCAAAAGAAUUUGGCAAAAAUGGGUGUUUCUUGUGUAUUGUUUUGACACAAGGCGAAGAAACAACAGUGGAACAAGAACAAGAUGGCACUGUAAGAACUACCCAUACUGAUCCAAAAACAAGACAUUUUUGGGGAAUAGACAGAUCUGUCACUGUUGAUAAGUUAGUGAGACCUUUCAAGGGUGACAAGUGUCACGAGAGUCUGGCAGCAAUACCCAAAAUAUUUAUCAUACAGGUAAAGCCAGUGUAUCCCUACGUCUGACUUUGUAUAGGAAUCACGAGGAAUAUUUGUUUAUAAGACACGACAUUAAUUUAAUAAUUAUAUUUGUAAAAUACUAAAUUAAUGUGACUUUAGAUAACUGAAUAAUCUAUUUCCACUUUCCUUAAAGCAAUCUUAAAUUUAUGUCCAGUGUUUUGAUUAAGGU